UAAUUUGUAUCAUUUAGCUUAAGCUUAGUUAUAUCUUUUCUAAAAAUAGUAUAGUAAUACUAAUUGAUAAUUUAUUCACUAGGCUUGACGAGGAAUAUAAACAGUUUCUACCAAAUACACCAGUGUAGGUUUGCUCAGACGGAAGUGUAAGUUAUUCAACGUAUGCUAUUUUUCGAAGUCCCUGUCACAUCAACAUAAAGUUAUUCCCAUACGACUUUUAAACGUGCAGACUACGAUUUUCUUCUUGGAUUCACGAUAUGUUAGAGCUAGACAUUUACCCUCGUCUACGUUCUCUGGAUCAAGAGGAGCGGUUUGAUGGCAACGGAGUGUGGGAGCUAAUUGAUGUAGAGGGAAGUCGAGAAGUGGAGGAAUACAAAUCAGACUCUAGCCCGUAUGUUUACGCCGUCUUUUCCAUUAAUCACAUGCGACACCACGAGUUUCAGUUACUAUUUAUUUUGAUUCCAUACUUCUUCUGCUCGUUUCUCAUAUGCCUAAUGUUCUUUGUCCCGUUUGAGAGUGGUGAGAAACUAUCGUACGGUAUUACAGCUGUCCUAGGAAUGAUCGUCUUUCAAGAAAUUAUUGCAUUUUCUCUGCCUCCCGUGGGAAAUGAAUCCUCUAUUGUUGGAAAGUACUUUACUUCAGUGAUAUGUAUUGGAAUCAUAUCAGUGUUUGUGGAGAUUAUGGUUAACAACAUAUAUGAGCAAGGGAAUGUUUACAAGGCAUGUGUGUACGUAUUAAACUACCGUAAAGGAGAGAAAAAUAAAGAAGACAGCAACCACGAGACAGGACAUGCUCACCAACAACGAGAUGACACAAAUGCAGCGACCAAACACAAGAAGGCUCUACAACAUUACUGUGCUAUUUUUUAUUUCGUCUUUGGAAUUCUCUGUCUAAUAUUAAUUUUCAUAUUCAUGAUCUGGUUUUAUGUAGUAAUUUAAUAGUAACAAUAUUAGACGAUAUUCGUAAUUUUUGUCACAGGUGGCGAGUACAAGAGUACACAAGAAGGAAAGAUAUUCACACCACCGGAUUGGAUAGAAAUUGUCAUUUUUUUCAGUAAUAAUGCAAUACAUAACCUUCUGUACCUAAAUUAAAUGUAGUAAUGGUUCAUCUACAUAUCAGAUAGGCCCAUAUUAGCUAGAUAUUUUAUUAUAGAUGAGUUAUAUACGGUUGGGAUGCAUGGUGAAGUGAAGACACAAAGCCUAUUCACAUUUACAGCAACUCCAUAAGUUUUCAAGAUAAUUAUGAUAUACACACACUACCCUGAGACACACUCAUUUUUCUUAUUCCUAAAAACGAAGAAAGAAAAACUCACUGUAUCAUUAGUGGUGAUAAUAUUAGGUGAUAAAAUGACUGUCAUCCUGAAAAAAAAAAUAACCGAGAAGCUUACUUUCUCAACCCGACCAGUUCAAUCCUGAUUUAAGAUUUAUGAAGCAAAUUAAUAUUGAAAUAUUAUUAUAAUAGACCGUCUGCUAUUUAGAGAUCGAAUGCAUUUAGCCGCUCACAAUUGCUGUUUAGUAGUACACGCGAUACUGUGCAAUACUUGUUAAAAUAGUUUGUGUUGUUCUAUUGUAUUUUGCAUAUUUUCACAAUCUUAAGUUUAUUAAAUUUUAUAAUAGCUACAUAACCUUAAAUUUCUAAACCUAAGAAUAAACUCGAAUACAUAAUUUUACAUGUUUGGCCUAUCUGGGCAGGAAAAAUCCUAUCCUAUAAUCUUCAUUUUCAUUUGGGGUCGAUGUAGUAUU